UAACUUGACUCUAACUGGUAGAAGCUUGAGAGCGGCCGAGCAGCGGAGAGAAGCAGCAAAUGUGUCUGCGGCAGCUUUUGGCGUUAAAAAACACAAACGGCGACUGAACGGCAGAGGAGCACAGCCCGCUGCAGCUCGACGCGACCCCGGCGGACCUCGGACUAUGGUAGAUUUGAGCCAGAGGCUGGUAACGGUGGGCUGUUUUGACGACGAGCGGCUUAUUGAACAUCUGUAGCGCGUAAUGAGGGCAUCCGCUAUUCUCUGCCAGGGUUUUUCCUCCGAGGUUCAGCUAGACGCAGAGUGAUACUAUUUACAAAUGCGUCGCUCUUAGACACCCUCUCAAGGAACAGACCCAACGAGGGGACGCAGCCCGUAGAAUCUGAGCACAUUCCUCCUCCCGUGGCCCCUGGGGAUCAGCGAAGCCAUCGGAGAAGUCACCGGAGAAGAAGACGCUUCUUAUCAUCCCGCUAGUUUUCACCAGGAAAAUCGGCUCCCGCGCUGCACCGGGCUCCCUCCGCUUUCUCUCCGUUUUUAGCCCUUACAUGCUUUUGUCUUUCUGAGCAUUCAUCGCCAACCCUCUUGUGGGCGUUUUCCCCGUCAAAAGGAUGCCGGAUCAAAUAUCGGUGUCCGAGUUUCUCUCGGAGACAACGGAGGAUUACAAUUCACCGACCACGUCCAGUUUCACCACCCGACUGCAGAGCUGCAGGAACACAGUGAAUGUGCUGGAGGAGGCGCUGGACCAGGAUCGAACCUCCCUGCAGAAAGUGAAGAAAUCAGUGAAGGCCAUCUACAGUUCAGGUCAAGAUCACGUCCAGAAUGAGGAGAACUACGCUCAGGCUCUGGACAAAUUUGGAAGUAACUUCAUCAGCCGGGACAACCCCGACCUGGGAACGGCCUUCGUCAAGUUCUCCUCCCUCACCAAGGAGCUGUCUGCCCUGCUGAAGAACCUGCUUCAGAGCCUCAGCCACAAUGUGAUUUUCACCCUGGACUCGUUACUGAAGGGUGAUUUGAAAGGCGUGAAAGGGGACAUAAAGAAGCCCUUUGACAAAGCAUGGAAGGACUAUGAAGCCAAGUUUACAAAGAUAGAGAAGGAGAAGCGAGAACACGCCAAGCAGCACGGGAUGAUCCGCACUGAGAUCACGGGGGCUGAGAUCGCUGAGGAGAUGGAGAAGGAGCGGCGUCUUUUCCAGCUCCAGAUGUGCGAGUACCUGAUCAAAGUAAAUGAGAUCAAGACCAAGAAGGGAGUGGACCUCCUCCAGAACCUGAUUAAGUAUUACCACGCACAGUGCAAUUUUUUCCAAGAUGGCUUGAAGACAGCGGAUAAGCUGAAGCAGUACAUCGAGAAACUGGCAGCUGAUCUCUACAAUAUCAAACAAACUCAGGAUGAGGAGAAGAAGCAGCUGACGGCCCUGCGAGAUCUGAUCAAGUCCUCCCUCCAGCUGGACCAGAAGGAGUCUAGAAGAGACUCGCAGAGCAAGCAGGGCGGCUACAGCAUGCACCAGCUGCAGGGAAACAAGGAGUUCGGCAGCGAGAAGAGAGGCUACCUGCUGAAGAAGAGCGACGGGCUGAGGAAGGUGUGGCAGAGGAGGCAGUGUUCCGUGAAGGGGGGCAUGCUCACCAUCUCUCAUGCCACAUCCAACAGGCAGCCUGUUAAACUCAACCUGCUGACCUGCCAGGUGAAACCCAGUUCUGAGGACAGGAAGUGCUUUGAUCUCAUUUCGCAUAACAGGACAUAUCAUUUCCAAGCUGAGGAUGAGCAGGAGUUUGUCAUCUGGAUCUCGGUGCUGACCAACAGCAAGGAGGAGGCGCUGAACAUGGCGUUUCGGGGCGAGCAGAGCAGCGGAGGGGAGGACGGCCUGGAGGACCUGACCAAAGCCAUAAUCGAAGAUGUGCUGCGCAUGCCGGGCAACGAGGUCUGCUGCGACUGCGGCGCUGCAGAUCCUAAGUGGCUUUCCACUAACCUGGGGAUCCUGACCUGCAUUGAAUGCUCUGGCAUCCACCGAGAGAUGGGGGUUCAUAUCUCCCGCAUCCAGUCCAUGGAGCUCGACAAGCUGGGAACCUCAGAACUCUUGCUGGCCAAGAAUGUAGGGAACAGUAGUUUCAAUGAGAUCAUGGAGGGGAACCUCCCUUCUCCCUCACCGAAGCCCACACCCUCCAGUGACAUGACGGUGAGGAAGGAGUUCAUUAACGCCAAGUACGUGGACCACAAGUACGCGAGGAAGACGUGCACGUCUGCGGCGGCGAAGAUGAUCGAGCUGUUCGAGGCGGUUCAGUCCAGGGACCUGCUGUCCCUCAUCCAGGUCUACGCAGAAGGGGUGGAGCUCAUGGAGCCGCUUCCAGAGGCAGGACAGGAAGCUGGGGAGACGGCGCUGCACUACUCCGUACGGACUGCUGACCAGACCUCGCUGCACCUCGUCGACUUCCUCGUACAGAACAGUGGCAACCUGGACAAGCAGACGGAGUUCGGGAACACCGCUCUGCAUUACUGCUGCAUGUACGAGAAGCCCGAGUGCCUCAAGUUACUCCUGAGGGGGAAGCCGGCGACUGACAUCACCAAUCAGAACGGAGAGACGGCGCUGGAUGUUGCCAGGCGACUGAGGAACACUCAGUGUGAGGAGGCACUUGUGCAGGCCGCAGAGGGGAAAUUCAACCCUCACAUCCACGUAGAGUACGAGUGGAGCCUCCGACUGGAAGAGAUGGACGAGAGCGACGACGACCUGGACGACAAGCCCAGUCCCAUCAAGAAGGACCGCUCUCCGAGGCCCCAGAGCUUCUGCCACUCCUCCAGCCUCUCCCCCCACGACAAGCUCUCCCUACCGGGCUUCAUCAGCCAAAGAGACAAGCAGCAGCGUCUUUCCUAUAGCGCGUUCACCAACCAGAUGUACAGCGCUUCCACUGACCUCACUUCCUCACCCGUGGCCGACGGGCCCCCGCUGCCCCCCAGGAACCAGGGCAAAGCUCCACACUUGGCAUUCCUUGGCUCUCAUUCGCACUACGCCACUCUGGCUGGCACCCGACCAUACAUCACUCCUCCCCCAUCUGGCCCUCCCUCUACACUCACACCAGGAGGCAGCUCCACCCUGUCCAAGAAGAGGCCUCCGCCCCCCCCUCCUGGACACAAACGCACCCUGUCAGACCCACCCAGCCCGCUCUCUCACAGUCCACACAGUAAAGGGGGCUUGACUGGGGGAAGUGACUCCACCCCUCCUCCUGUUAGCAAGAUGUCUCCUGUUUCAAAUAAGUUUGAAGGCAUUCCUCAGCAACAAAGCUCUACUUCAAGCAACACAAAGUCCACACUUGGUCCAAGGGUUCUACCCAAACUACCUCAGAAAGUGGCACUGCGGAAAAUCGACACCAUACACCACCCGUCUGUGGAUAAGUCUAGCCUUCCUCCAGAGGUCUUCCAGAAGUCCCCACCAGCAACUGACACCCCACAGAAGACUCCUCUGCUAGACAGGCCUCAGCUGGGAGACCUGCCCCCGAAGCCGCAGCCGUCUGACCUCCCCCCUAAACCUGGAGAACUUCCCCCGAAGCCGCAGCUCUCCGACCUCCCUCCUAAACCCCAGCUGGGGGAUCUCCCGCCCAAACCCCAGCUCAAGGACCUCCCUCCCAAGCCUCACCUGGCCGACAUCCCCCCCAAACCGGGAUCGGCCGAGUCGGCUCCCAGGCCGCCUCCCGGGGAGACGACGCCGAGGCCUCAAACGCAGCCUCCGCCUCCUCCUCAGACUCAUCCGCAGCCUCAACCGCAGCCUCAGGAUUCACCGUCGCCUAAUCAGCAAGUGAUUAUAGCGGCCCCCUCCCAGCAGCCCGCUGAGGACACCAACGGGACUCCACCGGGAACCGCGGAGACGCCUGUGCCGCUGCCGAGGAAGCUCAACACAGCGAAGAGCAAGGCCCGUCGAGUGAAGACCAUUUAUGACUGCCAAGCUGACAACGAUGACGAACUGACAUUCGUUGAAGGGGAGGUGAUCAUAGUUACAGGAGAGGAGGACCAGGAGUGGUGGAUCGGCCACAUUGAAGGCGAUCCGGAGAGAAAGGGGGUGUUCCCCAUGUCUUUUGUGCACAUCCUGAGUGACUGACAGCCAGAAAGACUUGCACUACGCCUCUCCCUUAAUUGGGAAGCCCUGUAAAUAGCUAUUAGAGCACCUCUUGUCACACGACAAGUGUCAUGAAGAGAAAAACAACGGUGAUGAAACCCAAGAAGGCUUAUCUAACCAUGGAUGCCUCAUCCAUGCUGUACAAAGAAUGUGUGUAUUCUUCCUUUACCAGUAUUAUCUUAACCCUAUAGCACGGCUGCAACAAAGCCAAUCUCAAAAACCCUAGCACUUACCUAAAAAUCUAUGUUUAUGCUGUUACUGUGUAUAUAUGUAUGUAAAUAUAUAUAUUUGUGUGUGAGUGUAUAUACAUGUUUUAUUGUACAAAACAUGUACUGAUGCUCUCUGCCUGUCAGAUCCAGCAUCGGGGCAGAGGACUUUGAAUUUUAUCUGUAUUAAUUUUACCGGCCCUCAAGUAAUUAUUAGCGUAUAUUCUUGAAAACAAGGACAAUGAAGAAAAGGAAUGUGAAAUAGAUCAUGUCACGAUUUGUGUCUUGCAUCCCUGUUUACCACCAAAACUGACUGAGGAGGCAGCGGUGUCCCUCUGAAGGAUCUCAUUAAGUGUACUCCUUGUUCUUGCUUGCUUUGUGUGUACAUGUAUUAUGGUUGUUUUACAGUAUAGAAACCUGCUGCUACUGUGUGGUGGAAUAUCAAAACCUGUGGUUCACUGUAGGUCACUAAUUUACUCCUUGUUACACUGUUCACUGUAUGUAUGCUCUGUGUGUGUGAACUCGACGCCAUCUCCACAGUCGUCUGACCUUCUCUGUGCAUGGUGUAACAAUGACUGGAAUUGAGCAGAGUGCUGCGUUCAAGGACGCUCACCUCAGGGUUUGAAGAGCCACUAUUAAUUAAGCAGGAAUACAGAAGGUAUCCUGUCGAUGAAGCCACUAUAAAUAGGUAUGGGGAACUCCAGAGGACGUUUAGCAAUAACUUGAUUUCCUGGUCUCACAACAACCUGUGUUCAGUUUAGUGUCUUGUAAAACCUCAUGCUUGAAUUUUUUUGGUUGUAAUAUCACUCCGUGGACUCAGUACAUUUGCAGAUUCGCCUGUGAAGCAGAGACGUCUUAAAGGGUGGACUUGUAAAGAAGCUGGAGAGCUGAUGUAUUGCUGAUGUCCUCACUGACAUGCAGUUCUUCCCAUGUUAAGGAACAAACCCAUCAACCUAUUGUAUUAUUAAAAGUGCUGUACUUAAAGCCUAA